UGGCAACAAAUCGUAAAUGAAAGCAGACGGGAACUUGUUCUGAGAGAUUUCGAGUUGUUCUGCUUAGUUAUAAUUGAUUUUAAAGUUUCAAUGUCGAGAGAUAAAGCAAUAGAAUGGAAAGAAAUUCUAAAGAGGAGGUUGGCAACCUCAAAAAAAGAUGAAAUGACGGAGCAGGAGAAGAAAGACGAAGAGAUGACGUUGUUCACUAAGCACUACACAGAGUGGGGCUGGGGCAGGCGGGAUCGCUCCUAUAGGAAUAUACCGCGCUUUUACUACCGGUUGCCAGCUGAAGAUGAGGUUUUGCUGCAGAAAUUACGAGAGGAAUCCAGAGCUGUGUUUUUGCAGAGGAAAAGCAGGGAGCUUCUGGACAACGAGGAGCUGCAGAACCUGUGGUUUUUGCUGGACAAACACCAGACGCCGCCUUCGAUAGGGGAGGAGGCCAUGAUCAACUACAACGGCUUCCUCAAAGUCGCUGAAAAGGCAGGAGCCAAGUGCAAGCAGUUCUUCACAGCCAGAGUCUAUGCCAAGCUCUUGCACAGUGACCCAUACGGAAGGAUAUCAAUAAUGCAGUUCUUCAACUACGUCAUGCGCAAAGUGUGGCUACACCAGACGAGGAUUGGGCUGAGUUUGUACGAUGUGGCCGGACAGGGGUACCUCAGGGAAUCGGAUCUGGAGAACUACAUACUGGAGCUGAUCCCCACUCUGCCACAGCUGGAUGGCCUGGAGAAAUCCUUUUAUUCCUUCUACGUCUGUACAGCGGUCCGGAAAUUCUUCUUUUUCCUGGAUCCUCUUCGCACUGGGAAAAUAAAGAUUCAAGACAUUUUAGCUUGCAGUUUUCUGGAUGAUUUGCUAGAGCUAAGAGAUGAGGAGCUUUCCAAGGAGAGUCAGGAAUCAAACUGGUUUUCUGCUCCAUCAGCCCUCCGAGUGUAUGGUCAGUAUUUAAACCUGGACAAGGACCACAAUGGGAUGUUGAGCAAGGAGGAGCUGUCCCGCUAUGGAACGGGAACCCUCACGAACGUGUUUCUGGAUCGAGUCUAUCAGGAGUGUCUCACUUACGAUGGAGAGAUGGAUUACAAGACAUACCUUGAUUUUGUUCUGGCCCUGGAGAACAGGAAGGAGCCAGCUGCCCUGCAGUACAUUUUUAAAUUGCUGGAUAUUGAAAACAAGGGCUACCUCAAUGUUUUUGCACUCAACUAUUUUUUCAGGGCCAUCCAGGAGCAGAUGAAGCUUCAUGGGCAGGAGCCAGUGUCCUUUCAGGAUGUCAAGGAUGAAAUCUUUGACAUGGUGAAGCCCAAGGACCCAUACAAAAUCACCCUUCAGGAUCUCGUGAACAGCGGCCAAGGGGACACUGUCAGCAGCAUCCUCAUUGACCUGAACGGUUUCUGGACCUAUGAAAACAGAGAGGUCCUUGUUGCCAAUGACAAUGACAGCAGUGCUGAUCUGGAUGAGACAUGAAACUCCCUCUGGACUGGCUGCACAGCAAGAAUGCUAAUCCCUCCUUUCCAGAGAAAUGUACAGUGUAACGUUGUGCAAUAAAUUAUUGUUCCAUUUUAAAUGGAGUGCCAUAAGGACAUAAGAAAGGUUAUGUAUGUGAAGGGGCAACUUGUUGCAAGUUACUCUAGUAGUUUAGGAAUUUGAGGAUCUUCAAUCUUUUCUUUAAAAAUGACAAGUAAUCUACUAGUGUGAAUAUAUGGCUCUUGCCGAGGCUCCUGAAUUUCCUUGCAAGUGUUUAGUG